AUGAAAGAAGCAGUGUCAGCUGGCUAUAAGAGCAAACCGCUAUCUCAUGGCCAUCACUCAAAGCAAAGAGAUAGAGACCCUAAAUCGCCCGGUAACCAAGGCCCAUCUAGAGAAGAAAGAUAUAAGAAAGCUUCUACUUUCACUCCUCAACGGGAAAAUGAUGAGAGAGGUGCAAAUCAUAUAACCCGUGCGGAAAGGGCCAAAACUCAGGACGAAGGGCUAUCCAAAGCUAACGCCGAUCCCGAGGUCGGGGUAUCGAUUGACUCUUCCGAAGACGCUCAUCAGGACUUUCAGCGUAUCGAUACACCUGAAGAUCUCCAGGAAACAAAUUCCCGGAACUUUUCACGGAAUCAUCGCGCAACAAAACCAAAGGGGGGGAUUUUGCAUACCAUUACAGAAUUUACAGCCCCGUUCUUCUCUGACCGGACGGAAGAGCCCAACAACGAUCUCGAAAAAAGCAUCGCUAAAUUGGAAGAUGAGCUCCGUUCCAAGGACAAACAGUUGGAUGAGGUCAAGGCGCGCCUCCAGAAACAGGGCAAAAUGCACCAGCACCAAACACAAGAACUGAAUGAAAAUUGGACAAAGCAAUGCCAGACAGUUUGGCAGGAGCGCUCUCAUUUUGAGGCCCAAUUAAAGACAACAAUGGCCCAGCUAGAAGUGGCCAAGAAGGAGAUACAGCAACAGGAAGCGGUGGUCACAGAUAUUCGCACCAAACAGAUAUCCGAUCUCGCCUCUGACGUCUCAAACGAAUUACCGGACGACAAGGUACGAGAAGCGCUGAGAGUCUUUUUUCAGGGGGAUUUCUUUUCUUGGUGCUCGGAUCUUUGCGCUCCAGAGUUGAAGGAUCCAGAUCAAGUUGCAAUUCAUCUCCAUUCGAUGAAUAUCCUAAACACUACCAAGACUUACCUUCAGUCUCCCGAAUUUCUGAAACUGGAUUUAAGAUUAGGUGAUGGUGAGGCGUCAUUACCUCUGCUACAAGCAGCGCUUUCCAGCUUUCUUUGUCGCGAGUUCUUGAAAUCCCCAUACUUUCUCGUGGAUAUGAACCCUAGGCUGCACAGGGAGAGCCAAGUUGCAGGCAGUCCGGCCCUCGAUGCAAUUGAGUCGACGUUGGCCAAAGUGCAACCUGAUGCUGCCAUAGACUGGCGAAUCAAUACAUUGCAAACCUUAGAGAAAUCUACACCCAUGACAACAAAGGCAGCGGAAAAUUCCGCAACAGUCUUUUUGAAUAACUUCCAGUUUUUGAUCGAUGAACUAUAUUGGGACGAUAAGGAUGCGAAGGGUGAUCUGGCCAAGAUAAUCUUGAGCUUUGCAACCUUGUCUCUGCGACUUUGGAAGAGGAGAGGUAAUAUUAACGUGCACUACAUUAACAGCUUCGCGAACAUUCCGUUUCGCUGGAAGUCUCCCUCAAUGGAUGCAGACGCCCAGGCGCUUGCUACUCUAGGCUCGCAGACAGAAGGGCGGCCUAUUGCUCUUCUGAUGAGACCUGGUAUUAUUUCACAACCAUUGGCGAGAUCUGGCGAUGUGAAGGUAGAGGUUACAUGGCUGAAGGCUUUGGCCUGGAUCUCGAGCCGUGUGGACGGGGAUGAAACUAUGGGCCAGUAA